AGUGCUGCGGUUUCUCGGGCUGUGCCUGCAGCACCUGAGCGGUAGCGGCCGGGGGCGCCGAGGAAGCUGCCGAGCCGCCGGGCCCGGGGCCCUUCGACAUGGUCCUGUCUUCCUGCCUCUUCGCCGCUCCCCUUUUAUUAUUCAGUCUGCGCGGUCCGCGCCGAAGACCCACAGCGCCUGCGCCGCGCCACGAGAACGUGAAGACCCCCCGCACAGCAGCAAAGGUUGCUGGGAGUUGUGGUCCUCCUUUCCGGUGAAAUUUUACCGUUGGCACAGUGUCGCUGCUAAAGUGCAAGACCACAAUACCCAGAGAUCUUUGCGGACGGUGUCCCGGAUGCUGAGGAUCCGCAAUGCCUUGUGACUGGCCUUGACUUAAGUAGCUGUGAAUGACCUUGAAUUUUGGAUCCUGAUUCCAUCUCUGAUAUUACCUUCAUGCACCUGGAGCUUGGUUUAUGUAGUCCUGGAGAAAAAACAAACAAACCAGGAUUUAUAAAAGACAAGAUCUCUGUAGCCAAUCCUGAAGCAAUUGUAACAGCCAAUCAGUGGCCUGAACACCGGCCAAUCAGGAAACGGCCCCGAAGUACGGCCUUUGUGUCGGGAGAUGUCAGCGCGUCGGCGAAAGCUCCCGCCAAUCGAAAAAGUCGUUGGUGUAUGCAAAUCAGGGUUCUGUGACGCACUGACGCAGCGUGCAGCGUCUCUAUAAAUAUGGAGGCGUCGGGGGGCUUGGAGCGCAGAGCGGUUUGGUCGUUCGUUGGUGGAGUAUCUGCCCGUUCUGCUCGCCGAUUGCGGCUCUUGUUCGAGCGCUUCCAGCGUCGCCUCGGUCUCAGCAAGGGCCCCAGACUCGGCUUUGGGUGAAAAAAAAUGGCCCGAACCAAGCAGACCGCUAGGAAGUCCACCGGUGGGAAAGCCCCCCGCAAACAGCUGGCCACCAAGGCGGCUCGGAAAAGCGCGCCCUCUACCGGCGGGGUGAAGAAGCCUCACCGCUACAGGCCAGGGACCGUGGCUCUGAGAGAGAUCCGUCGUUACCAGAAAUCGACUGAGCUGCUCAUCCGGAAGCUGCCAUUCCAGAGAUUGGUGAGGGAGAUCGCCCAGGAUUUCAAAACCGACUUGAGGUUUCAAAGUGCAGCCAUCGGUGCCCUUCAGGAGGCUAGCGAAGCAUACCUGGUGGGGUUGUUUGAAGAUACCAAUCUGUGUGCCAUCCACGCCAAGAGAGUCACCAUCAUGCCCAAAGACAUCCAGUUGGCUCGCCGGAUACGGGGGGAGAGAGCUUAAGUUGAAGCGGUUUUUAUGGCAUUUUGUAGUAAAUUCUGUAAAAUACUUUGGUUUAAUUUGUGACUUUUUUUGUAAGAAAUUGUUUAUAAUAUGUUGCAUUUGUACUUAAGUCAUUCCAUCUUUCACUCAGGAUGAAUGGGAAGAGUGACUGACUGUUCACAGACCUCAGUGAUGUGAGCACUGUGGCUCAGGAGUGACAAGUUGCUAAUACGCAGAAGGGAUGGGUGAUACUUCUUGCUUUUCAUGAUGCAUGUUUCUGUAUGUUAAUGACUUGUUGGGUAGCUAUUAAGGUACUAGAAUUGAUAAAUGUGUACAGGGUCCUUUUGCAAUAAAACUGGUUAUGACUUGAUCCAAGUGUUUAACCAUACAUCACUGUGAUAGAAUGUGGGCUUUUUCAAAGGUUGAAGAUACAAGUUUUAGCCACAGUGUAACAGUUUCCUUUAAAAAAAAAAAAGUAAACCUGGCAGCUAUAGAAUACACUAUGUGCAUUUAUAAUAGCUAUUUUAUAUAUUGUAGUGUUCAACAUUUUUAAAUUAAAUGUUUUACAUUCACAAGUGGUGGGGAGUCUUGUCAUUAAGGUGUGUGUAAUUUAGUCCAGUUGGUAUUUCCUGACUAGACUGCAUUUGUUUUUAACAGUAGAAAAAUGCUAUGCGUAUUAAACCUUGCAUAAGUCCUCAUUCUACCACAUGUUCACUAACCCCUGACCCUCUGGCUGGUAACACAACACUAACGGGGAUUUUAUUUAUAAGGGCUCUAGAGUAAAAUAACAAGCUAUUCACACCAGCAUCAUCUAUUACUAAUCUAGUUAGUGCAGCUUUUCAUUGUGUUUGGUCUUAGGCCUAGAUUGAGUUCGGUUUCGUUUCUUUUUAAUCUUUAAGGGGGAAAACUGUACAAGGUUUGUUUUUCCUUGUAGAGUUUAUAAACAUGGGAGUAAGAACACAGCUUCAACUUCUUGGACCUCUGCCAAUGAAGAUGGGUUAGGUUACACCUGGUUACUAUACUGGCAAAAUCCCUUUUAUAGAGAUGGCCUUCAAGUGGUUUUUAAAAGUAUCCUAUUGAAGUUUUUAGGUCAAUUAUGUAUGUUGACUAAAUUUACAAAUAAACUUGUUUAUUCAA